ACACGCUGAGAAGUUUGGAGCUGGUGAACUGAGCUCCGGCCGAUCAUGUAGCUGCAGCUCCGUAAUUACCGAAACGGCUUUUUGCAAUUGCAAACCUUCUGCUGUUUGCAGCUUGCUUCCGAGCUGUGCAACCGGCCAUUCCCUUCUGCACAGCUCGCAGCUGCAAGAAAUCGGUCAGGAUUCCCAGGUGGAUGAAAAUUGGGAGGCAGCUGAUUUUUUUUUGUGUGUGCGCUUUGCAUCUUUGUUGCAAAGCUGAAAAGGCAAAGUCUUCUGUGAUUCCCCUCCCCCUCCCAUUCACAGCAAAGGGGGGAAAAAAGAACAAAAAAAUGUCGCUGUCAAAAGGAGGUAAGAAAAAGAACCGUGGGCUGAAACUGUCAAAGGCUGUCUUUGAGCAACCGCAGGAAAGUCCCACCCCUCCCAGGGACCUGGACUCAAAGGCCUGCAUCGCCGUCGGUGAAAAGAACUUUGAAGUGAAAGCAGAUGACCUGGAGCCGCUGUCGGAGCUGGGACGUGGCGCGUACGGUGUGGUGGAGAAGAUGCGGCAUACGCCCAGCGACACGCUGAUGGCUGUUAAGAGGAUCCGUGCCACAGUGAACAGCCAAGAGCAGAAGCGGUUGCUGAUGGACCUUGACAUCUCCAUGCGUACAGUGGACUGCCCCUUCACCGUCACCUUCUAUGGGGCACUUUUUCGAGAGGGUGAUGUGUGGAUAUGCAUGGAGUUAAUGGACACCUCCUUGGACAAGUUCUACAAGGAUGUCAUAGAAGGAGGCAUGACCAUUCCUGAGGACAUCUUGGGGAAAAUAGCAGUUUCCAUUGUGAAGGCCUUGGAACAUCUACACAGUAAGCUGUCUGUUAUUCACAGAGACGUGAAGCCGUCCAAUGUCCUGAUCAACGUGCACGGCCAGGUAAAGAUGUGUGACUUUGGCAUCAGUGGCUACCUGGUGGACUCGGUGGCUAAGACCAUGGACGCGGGCUGCAAACCUUACAUGGCUCCAGAGAGAAUUAACCCGGAAGUGAACCAGAAAGGUUAUAGUGUCAAGUCGGACAUCUGGAGUUUGGGAAUCACCAUGAUUGAGAUGGCGAUCCUAAAGUUCCCGUACGAGUCCUGGGGUACUCCUUUCCAGCAACUCAAACAGGUGGUGGAAGAGCCUUCUCCGCAGCUUCCCACUGACAGAUUUUCCCUGGAAUUUGUCGACUUCAGCGCCCAGUGCUUGAAGAAGAACUCCAAAGACAGACCAACAUACUCAGAGCUUAUGCAACACCCCUUCUUCACGCUACACGAAACCAAAGAAACAGACGUGGCCUCUUUUGUGAAGCUUAUUCUGCGAGACUGAGAGGGACCGAGGCAGCUCGACGGCUUUUCCCGAUCAGUUUCUACGCCUUCUACAUUUGGGAUGACAUUGUAAGAUAUCCUCUGCCACAUUCGGCCUCCGAAACACAUCACCGGUUGCAGAAGUAAACUCCAGUCUCUGGCAAGAGCAGCAGAGGGGGGGUGGGGAGGGGGGGGGGGGGAGGGGGGGAGGGGAGGGGGAGGGGGGAGGGGGGGAGGGGAGGGGGGUGGGGGCGGACAAUGGGUCGAGGGGAAUGCAUUUGGGGGAGGGUCCAGAGUGGGCUCCACUGAAUGUCGGGACAGCAGAGCGAAAUUUCUAGCUGGGAGGUGGGUUACGGGAAAAAUCUUCUGCUCAGCUCAAAUAAUUGGCAACCAAUUCACUUUUUAAUUGACGAUUUUAAAAAAAAUGUGGGAAAUUGUCAGAGGACUGCGCCCACAGCAUUAAUUCCCAGUGGCGAUUCACCGUGUGACCAUGAUAAAAGCGUUUUUGCAGUGACUCAGAUGGUAAAUUGGUCUCUUAAAAGGCCAGCUUAGCCUCUGAAAAUAUCACGAGGCUGUAGAGCGUGCGUGUGCGCAUGUGCGUGUGUAUAUGUGUGUGUGUGUGUGUAUUUUUAAUAGGUGCACUGAAAAUCGUGUGAAUGCAGUCAUAUUAGGGGGACAGCCACGCAUCAGUUCAAUUGAGCAAGGGGUCGACAUUUUGGAGCCAUAUCUUGGCUGAGUCGACCCACUGCCCACGUACGUACAUGCGGUGUGUGACUUUUAGCUCUGUGUAUAAAACUUUGUUGUGUAAAUAGUGGUAGUGGCUUUGGAUUCAGAAACCCUUGCUCCCCAGUCUCACUCAAGCAGCAGGAGACAAGAUGGAACAGGUGAACAAACUGUUCCGUUUUCACCUGCUGGAGCCACUAAAACGGAAUACUUCAUUCCCCCCCCCCCCCCCCCCCCCCCCCCCCCCCCAACCACACUCCGACUCAAAGUAAAUUUAAAAUUCUUAAAUACCCAUAGGUUAGCUCUGAUAUCACACACCAAUCCACAUCACAAAUCGCAUACGAUAUCAAUUCUGUAAAUUUUUACAAGUUGUAUUUAAUUGGUUGGGAUGAAGAUUGUAUUUUUAAAUAAUGUUUGUACAGGUCACAUUAAAGGCUGUCGUAGAUUUUAAUAAGCCAA